AAAUAGAAUCCCGUUAUCUUUCACUUUUUCUCAGUGACCGAAUGGCUUUUCUUCUGCAAUUGCCUUCACCUCUCAGUACAUCUCGACACCAUCCUCUCCCCGUCUUUACAAGUCUCACCAAAGCAUCACUGUCCCAUAAAAUUACACAAACCCAAAAUUCAAUACAAUUAUCCAAAUGGGUUCCUAAUUUUCAAUCCAAGUCUUUGAAUUUCUUGCUUUCUGGCUCCCUAGCUCUUGCUCUAUCCUUCACAGGAGUUGGAUUUGCUGAGGGAAAGGUUGGAGUUAACAAGCCAGAAUUGCUUCCUAAAGAAUUCGCUUCUGUUAUUGAUGUUGCUGGGUUCCUUUCAGAUGGUCAGGAGAAAAGACUUGCGCAAGAGAUUGCUGCCCUUGAAAAGGAUACUGGAUUUAAAUUGAGAGUUCUGGCUCAGAAUUACCCUGAUACACCAGGUUUAGCAAUUAAAGAAUUCUGGAAAGUGGAUGAUAGAACAAUUGUAUUUGUCGCGGAUCCAACCUUCGGAAACAUAUUGAAUUUCAAUGUUGGAGCUACUGUGGAUUUAGACAUACCACGUAGCUUCUGGAGCCGAUUGGCCGGGAAAUAUGGGAACAUCUUUUAUUGGAAAGAAAAGGGAGAGGAUGCAUCUAUUGAAUCUGCUGUUAUGGCAAUAUCGGCCUGCUUAAGAGAACCAGUAGUUGCAAAUAAUUGCUCGGAGGUAAAGUGAACCCUGUUUCCUCAGGACAAUAUAUUCUAAGAGUCCAGGAAUUUUGUCCAGUGCAGGCAAAAAUUAAUCAAGGUUGAAUUUUUUGAUUAUGGAUUUAAUGAUAUUAUAACAAUGCUAAAAAUGACAUAGCGACAACACUAAUAAAAUAAUCAUCUUCUUUCUUA